UCCCCAGAUUUCACUCAACAGCUCCUCAAUACAUCUUACCAGUUUUGGCUCAACUCCACUCCUUUCCCCACCAGUUCCCCCUGUUGGAUUUGUCUGCCCCUUAUCCGUUCAGCUUUCUUCAGAAUACCCGUUCCACCCAACUGGCCCCUCCGCAACUCCACCUUCCGCCUCAAUAGUUACCGAACCCAUCGGUGAUCCCGUCCUGCUGGCUCUGGUCAUAAACCUCACCUGUUACCUACCCCCUGGCCUCACCCAGGCUCCCGACCCCCGCUGCCGGAGUUUUUCUGCACCUUUACCCUUCUGCAUGCCUCCCGGCAUAUUUCUCUUCUGUGACGGAGACUACCCAUACAGGUGUCGGGACACACAUAAUGGAAGUGGCUGCAUCCUCACUUUCAUUUCUCCUUCUGCCACCAUUUUUACUGACGCUGAAUUCCAAUCACAGGUCUCCCCUUCCCUUCGCACCCGUCGGGUGGCUUUCAUCCCUUUCCUCAUAGGUACUGGCAUCUUUACAGGGCUCGCCCCUGGCGCCUCCGGCCUAAGGACUUCCAUCAGCUUUUAUUACAAACUUUCUCAAGAACUGAGUGAUGACAUGGAGCGGGUCGCAGACUCACUCAUGUCACUCCAGACCCAGCUCUCCAGCCUGGUGGCGGUCUCCCUCCAGAACCGGCGAGCUCUAGACCUGCUCACGGCCGAGAAAGGUGGGACCUGUCUCUUCCUCCAAGAAGAAUGUUGCUACUGCAUAAACCAGUCUGGAAUCGUUGUCACCAAGGUCUGUGAGCUCUGGGAUCACAUACAGCACCGCCAUGAGGAGCUCACCUCCUGGGGGUCUGGCUCUCAGUCCUGGACUUCCUGGCUCCUCCCUUUGGCGGGUCCCUUACUCUCCAUUCUCCUCCUUGCUACCAUCGGCCUGUGCAUCUUCAAUGCCCUUGUCCGCUUCAUUGAAAAUACCGUCUCCCGUCAGACCACCACCGGCAUCCUUGCCCUACGGGGCUAUCGCCCCCUCGAUUUAAAUGAUGAUCUUCAGGGUUCCCCUUCCGAUCAUCAACAGGGGGGACAUGUUGGAGCAGCUUCCCUGUGAGCACAGUUGUUAGAGGCUUUCCUGUCAGAGCAGUUUUCAAGCGAUCACAGCUGUUAGGGACGGACCUCCCCGGCACCCCCGCCAGCUUUAACCAAUCCCUUAGCGCUGCAAUAGCAAUGGCGCGAAUUCUCCCAAAUCCGGAAGCCUAACCCUAUAAAACAAAGCGCCCGACCCCAGUAAGUGCUCAGUCUUUUUGGGAACGAUCCCGCUGAGCCCGCCAAUGAAAUAAAGCUAUGUUCUCCCUGAUCUCUACGUGCCGCUUGAGUUUUUGAGUCUCCGCCGUUUUUUCCGCAACAAUAAUAAUAGCAGGUACUACAAAGAGAGAUAAAGAAAUAUAUUCAGCUGAACUAAAUGAAUGCAAAACUUGAUAAAAUAUUAUGUAGUAAUUGUUAAGUGUGUAUUAUAUGUCAGAAAAUUUCAAAAGACUGAUUAAAAUAUAGCAUGCAAAAAUAAUACAAAAUAUUCUUAGGCUCCGC